UCUGUUGAACUUACUCUUGUAGCAGUGUUCUCGUUCGAAACGUGAGACUUUUUUCAAUAUUCUUCUGGAAUUGAAAUAAAAAUGGCUGGUUCCGAAGUCCAAACAGAGACACCUAUAUGUUCAUCGAGGCGAGUCGUGCCGCGGCAAACCCAACCCACCACUUGCAGAGUCGUCCCUUUGGCUUUCCGCGCCCACACGGCCAUGCCUUGAAUUCGCACUGCAGCUGAGCGCGCACAUCAUUCCAAUCUACUAGCGCAGUAGCGCCUCGCCUCGCCUCGCCUCGCCUCGUAGCAUCCGACGCGCCGCGCCGCGCCGGCACCGCGAUGCCCGGCGCGAUCGCGGCGUGCUUCCGCGGCGUGGUCCCGUCCUCGGCCGCGGCGGGGCCCAGCCUGGCGACCUCCGUCUACGAGACACACCUCGGCCUCGUCGCGCUCUCCUGGACCCGCACCUCGCUCGGCCUCUCCCUCCGCGCCGUCCUCCGCCUGUCGUCGUCCCCGCCUCCCUCCACGCCCGCCUCCUCCUCGGCCUCCGGGGCCGGCUACCUCGACGACGAUGCGGACGAGGAGGAGACCCUCGCCUUCCGCGUCCACCCCUGGCUCCUCUGGCGGCAGCGUGGGUCCAGGCGGUUCCGAGCCGGCGACCGCCGCGUCGACCUGGCGUGGAACCUCUCGCGCGCGCGCUUCCCGGGCUCCGGGUCCCCUGACCCCUCCUCGGGGUUCUUCGUUGCUGUCGUCGUCGACGGCGAGAUGGUCCUCGCGGCCGGGGACCUCCUCGACGCGGCCUACCGGAGGACCCGGGCUCGGCGCCCGCCCGGCGCCCGGCUCCCCAUCCUCCUCUCCCGGCGAGAGCACGUCUCCCUGCGCGACGCGGGACCCGGCCGCGGCCGCAGCCACACGACCUGGGUGACCGUCCGGGGCAAGGAGCGGGAGAUCUGCCUGGAUCUCGUGGCUCGCGGCCGCGGCAGGGACAGGGCCGGCAGGGAGAAGGACCGGGCGGACGUCGGCAUGUCGGUCUCCGUGGACGGCGAGCGCGUGCUCCACGUGCGGCGGCUGCGCUGGAAGUUCCGCGGCAGCGAGCGGGUCGACCUCGGCGGCAGUGACCAAGUCCAGGUCUCCUGGGACCUCCACAACUGGCUCUUCCCCCCGCGCCAGCCGGCCCCCGCGGACGCUUCGACGAACGCGCACGCCCACGCGGUGCUCGUCUUCCGGUUCGAGCUCGGCGGCAAGGAGCGCGAGGCGGAUUCGGGGAAGGAUCCCUCCGAUAAGACCGCGAGAAGAAACACGGGCAUCUGGGGGGGCUACCUCGCGCGGUGGGGGCAGAGGGAUUGGAGCGAGACGGGCAGCAACGGGGACAUGAAGAAGGGGAGAGGGCGGAGGCUGGCGAAGGCGAGCUCGUCGUCCUCAGCGUCGGUGGCAUCCUCGACGGCGUCGUGGGCCAGCGGCUCGACGGUGAUGGACUGGGCCAGCCCCGAGGAGGCCGAAAUGCAGCGCGGCGACGGCUUCUCGCUGCUGAUCUACGCGUGGAAGAGCUAGCGCCGGCGCUGGCGGCGUUGCUCCGGUUGGUGGCAUCGAAAUUUUCGCAUUGGAUUGUUGUUGGAAGUUGCAUUGUUCUUGUGCAGUUUGGGCAUUUAGGGAUUGAAUUGAGCUUGGAUUACAGUAGCAAUUGCCAAGUGAAAUUAACAGCUAGUGCUGCAAUUUUUUUGCCAUUGUUAGCAAGAUUUGCGUUUCUUGAUUAGUUCAGUGUAUCACAUUCAGGACAUUUUGAGCAGUUCGGAGUCAGUCCACCGUAAUGAUGAACAUCAACCACUCCAGUAUCUUAUUUUC